CGCGAGCCGAAACGCGCUGGUUUGGAAAGCUGGGUGUGACCUGGGGGCUCUGCCACGCGGCCUGUGCUCAGGCGGGAGGGGUCUGAUGCAUAGAGACGUAUCGGCUCCAGCCUGCAUUUGGGGCCACCCGCUUCCACCUGAACAGCUUUAAUAAAAACGCAUGUUCUGUCAGUUUGGUCCCGUGCGGGCCCUGUAACGAGCCGCCUGCCCUGCUCUUCCAGCGAGUCCGGGGAGGGCUAGGCAAUGCGCCUGCGCAGUCGGGGUUCUUGCGCCGUAGAAGACGCUCGCCGAAGGAACGGGGCGGUAGCUGCAUAGUGCGCCUGCGCAAUAGGUAGACCAAGCUAGCUAGAUGUGAGGCCUCUACAUUGCGCCUGCGCUGGUGGCGUUCAGGCGCUAUUUAGCGCCUGCGCGGGGGGGGGGAACCUGUCUGUGUCUUGUGCUUGCGCGAUAGGCGGGGGCGAGCGGGGCCGCCGCAGAGCAAAGCGUCUGUGUGGGCGGAAGCAGCAGCGGGAGCAGCAUGUUCUACGCGGUGCGCAGAGGCAGGAGGAUCGGAGUCUAUCAGACCUGGGAGGAGUGCCGAGAGCAGGUGAACAGGUACCCGGCCGCCAGCUUCAAGAAAUUUGCCAGCGAGGCAGAUGCUUGGUCCUUCGUGGGCAGCGGGGCACAGCAGUCCUCAUCCCAUUCAGCAGGUACUAAUGGCAUAUCUAGUUUAACACAAAAGAGUGACAGCUACUGGAAUGAACUGGAGACAGCAAGCCCAAGUUACAGUACAUGCAAGAGACCAUAUGAGCAGUCUUCGGAGGAAGAAUCAAACAGAAAACAUGUAAAAUACAAUGAGACAUACUCGGCACCUUCAGUGAGCAAAGAUAAAUUCUCAUAUAUGGGUGACUCUGUAGUUGUUUAUACAGAUGGCUGCUGCUCAAGUAAUGGGCGUCGUAAGGCACGUGCUGGAGUAGGAGUCUAUUGGGGACCAGACCACCCUUUAAAUACUAGUGAUAGGCUUUCUGGACGGCAGACCAACCAAAGAGCUGAAAUACAUGCAGCCUGCAGAGCAAUAGAGCAAGCAAAGAGUCAAAACAUCAAGAAGCUGGUUCUUUACACUGAUAGCAAGUUCACUAUAAACGGUAUAACAAGUUGGGUAGACAACUGGAAAAAUAAUGGCUGGAGAACAAGCACAGGAAAAGAUGUAAUAAAUAAAGAAGACUUUGAAAGACUUGAUAAGCUUUCAGAGGGAAUAGAAAUUCAGUGGAUGCAUGUUCCUGGUCAUGCUGGCUUUACAGGAAAUGAAGCAGCUGAUAGACUUGCAAGAGAAGGAGCUGGAAAACAAAACUCCUAGCAUGCUAUCGUGACUAGAAAACUUCAUUCUUGCUAACUAAAGACUGUUUAAUCCAUAAGACAGACUCUCUUUUCAGUAUGAAAACUUCCUGUUGGAAUUGUACAAAAUAAGUUAAUUUAAACUUUGUUAUAACUAUUUCUGGUUUAAAAGUUUUAAAUAUAUGCUGUCCUGUAUAAACACACCUUUUUUUUUAGGGUGUUCAGGUUACUUGGUUAAUCACUGCUUUGUUGGUAGAGGCUUGUUUAACAAUUAACUGAACAUUCAAAUAUUGGUAAAAGAAAGGUGUCCAGUGUUUUUAGUCCCAGUUGCCACAGUGCCUGUUAAGAAAUUUUUUUAGACGUUCCAUAACUGAGAGAAAACUUCGGGUUUUACAAAGUAUAAUUGUUUCAAAAAGUUUAUGAAUGAAAAUAUGUUGCAAUCUGAAUGCUAGACAGAUGUUGUUUUCCCUUUACCAAGAGUAUUGAAAUAAAUUUAAACUC